UGCAAUAAACAGCUAGAAAGGAAAAUCAUCUGCAGAAGACAGAAACAUGAGGAUGACAUGGCGUAUGCGUCGGCGCUCCGGGACAAUCUGUCUCUCCUUGGCCUUCAUCACCAUUUUCCUCCACCUCCUCCUUGCGCUCAUCACACUCUCCAUUCCUCACCUGCCUUGUGACACUACACUGCAACCAAAGAUACACUUAAGGGAUUUGGCACGCACCAACAACACCUCGGUGGGGGUCAGAGGUCUUGAGGAGCCACCACCUGAUCCUCUUCAAAGAGAUCCUUCCUAUCAAGACGUUGGAAGGGAAGCAAAAAUAAAUGUUCAAAGACUCCCUUACAAUAGCUUCAGAUCGAAAGAAGGUAAAAAUCCCCAGAAUAACAACACUGAGAGCGCUGCCAACAGAACUGAACGCUGGGCAUCCGACUUGUCAAAGCUCAGAGCGCUAUUUGACCAUCCACUUUACAACAUGCCCAAACCCGUGGUUCCCGAGGAUGACUGGCUUCUGAAGGUGAAACCAAAGGUCAAGCCGAGUCAAAGGAGCACCCAGAUGUGGGAAAGCGACACCCAGGAUGGAUAUGAUGACGCUCAGUGGAAUAGUAGCAGUAGCAGCCAACCUCCGUGGCUACGCUUCCAUCUGGGCAUCACACGCUGGGAGCUUUACCCACACCGUGACCCCAACAUGGAGCUUUUAACCCAGCAGCUGGCCACACAUCGUAUCGUCAGUGCAGUGCAGAAGUCUGGUGGGACACAACUGAAGCUGGUUAUGACAUUUCCUAACUACGGACAAGCUCUGUUCAAACCUAAGAAGAGAGAGAUGAAGAAACUAACUACAAUCUUUACUACUUCUCUGACUUUGAGAGACAUAAUGCAGAAAUUGCAGCCUUUCACCUGGACAGGAUCUUAGGUUACAGGAGAAUCC